AUGGAUUCAAUUGAAAAUUUGAAUAUGAAAGAUAGCACGAAACUCAAGCCAAAUCAUACAAAAAUUUGUGAAACACAAGAAACUGUCGCUUCUGAAACAGAAAGCUCAUCUAAAACUUUUACAGUAGAUAAAAGUCUUUCACCUCUAAUCUGCAGAAGGUUAAAGUUUGUAAGAUAUAGUACUCGAAAUGCUGAUGAAGAUAUGAAAUUGACUAAUAAAAGCAUUCGCAAAAGACAGAAGAUAAGUUAA